ACUCUCAAAACGAAAUACAGACGGCAAUGGCGGGCCUCAAUCAGUUGAGCUCCAAAGAGCAAUAGCUUUACUGACCGAUAAUCCGUUAAUUGACGGACAUAAUGACUUGCCUUGGCAGUUCAGACAAUAUUCGAAUAAUUCUGUGUAUUCGGUUAACCUCGGACAGGACAUGCGGAACACAUGGACUGAGACAUUGCCAUUUGAUGACACGAGCUUUCCCAGAAUUCCGUCACAAACGGACAUCCCGCGACUCAGAGCAGGAAAAGUUGGUGGACAAUUUUGGGCUGUCUUUGCCGGCUGCAACUCUAUUGACAAAGAUGGUGUAAGACUAGGUCUCGACCAAACUGAUGUUAUUCUUAAGUACACUGACAAAUAUGACGAUUUCCAACUAGUCACCACUGCUCAAGGUAUAACAGAUGCAUUUAAUGCCGGGAAGAUUGCAAGUCUGAUUGGUGUGGAGGGGGGUCACAUGAUUGGGAAUAGCCUGGGCGUACUGCGCAUGUACUACAGACUCGGUGUCAGAUACAUGACCUUGACACACAGCUGUGAUACUUUAUGGGCUGAGAAUUAUAAGGGAGACACAAUGACUCCCCCGCCAAACAAGGGAUUGACAGGCUUUGGAGAGAAAGUCGUUAAAGAAAUGAAUCGUCUGGGAAUGAUAAUAGAUCUGUCACACACUUCCAUCCAAACGCAGAAAGACGCCAUGAGAGUGUCACGUGCUCCCGUGAUUUUCAGCCAUUCGUCGGCUUACGCUUUGUGUAAUCAUGCCAGGAAUGUGAAUGACGAAGUCCUAAACUUAACAAAAGAGAACAAAGGUCUUGUAAUGAUCAACUUUUACAGAGGUUAUAUAAACUGUACUGGCUCUAACAGUAGUAUAUCUGAAAUUGCUGAUCACAUUGAAUAUAUAAAGGAUUUUAUUGGUGUUGAUUACGUGGGGAUUGGUGCGGAUUAUGAUGGAGUGCCGGA